GGAAAUAGUUAGCCAUGGACGUCAGUUCCAGGAGGUAAGCCCCAAGGCCCUGGAUGUUGUGCCAGAAGUAGUUUAACGAUCUGACAGAAGUGUUCAAGAAUAACCAACAGCUCUAACCAACCGGUGAGACAGUGUUAUCUCCAGCAACAUGGGAGCAGUUAGAAACAUUGUUCUCAAACUCUGGCUCUUUGCCUUGGGGCCAGUUGUCGGUCUGAAAGUGAUUCAGUCUCCUUCAGUUCUGUCCCUCCUGACAGGACAGACAGCUCAAAUUAACUGCACCCUGAUACCCGUAGAGGAGCGGGUGGAUUCAGUGAAAUAUUAUUGGUGUAGGGCAAGAGACAAUCCUGACAUCAGAGGUAAUGGAUCCAGGAAUUUCCUCAAUAAAAGCUCUCGCGUAUCUUUAUCUGUGGAUUCGCUUGUCGUUCGGAGGGUGAUAGUGGACGAUUCGGACACUUACCACUGCGUGGUUCUAAAAGAGAAUCCUCGGCCCUGGGAAACAUUUAUAGGAGAAGGAACAAAAUUGCAGGUCCAAGCGAAACCUGAAAUCUAUCUCUCUGCGGGUCCCGAGAAUGACGUUGUUGGGAUUCAGAUUCUGACUUGUUUGGCUGCGGGAUUUUUCCCGAGUGAUCUGAACAUUUCCUGGAUUGUAGAGGGAGAUGUGUCCUGUCAAACAGAACCGGGCUCCCUGACAGUAAACAGGGACAGCACCUAUAACCGGAGCUCCCGGCUGCGGAUUCCACACUCUCACUGGGACCAGGGAAGCACCGUCAUCUGUCAGGUUCAACACACAACUCUCAUUGAGCCAGUGAGGAGAAGCCUGAGUGGCAGCAGAGGUAUUCUCAAGUACUAUUACUUCAGCCUGCUGGGUCUUAUAAUUGUACCAUUUUGUGUUUGGAUCAUCAAGAGUCAGUGCUGUAAACUGAAGAACGGAAAAGAUUCAUCGAUCCAUGGCAAAAAUGUUGAUGAUCAAAUAAUGAGAAAAUCAGGGAAUGAAACAGUAAAUGAAGGUAGUGCUUUCUGCAGCAGUGAAACUCUGUACUAUGCGUCUGUUCUUUUUAACAAUCCUCUAAAGAGGAAGCAAAAGCAGGAAUGUAAAAGACCAGAGCAGGACCAAGCAGCUGAAUACGCAGUUCUAAAGGUCAAAGAUAAAAAUAAUCCAUUCUAUGAAGAGUCGGUACAAUAUCCUACUGUCAGCAUUUGCCACACAUCAAACAGUAGGCAGACUGCUAUCUACAAUGCAACCACAUAUGUUUCGCUUAAGCAAUAAUCAUUUAGUAUCACCCUGAUAUGACAGAACCACUUUCUUAAGGGCAAUUAAGGAUGGUAGUAGAUGCUGACCUUGCUAGCAACAUUCACAUUCCCCAAAUGAUAAAAAAAAUGUGAUUUUUGUACAGUACAAUGUUGUAACUGCAAAUGCAUAAACAAAUAUAACAUUAAAGUGGCUCCAGUGUCUCAAAGUGAA